CAUACCUUUUCCCACGUGACCUGGAAGUUAAUCUGGAAGUUUUCUUAGUUCGUUGCCAUGUCAUUUUGCAGUAUUAUAAAAAAUUAUUUCAUGUGAAACUUAAUAUAAAGAAGAACUGCUGGGUAGAUGUUACAGACUGAUAUUCUGCUGAUUGUGAUUCUUUCUGUUUGUGUUGGUAUAUACACAGCAAUGGCGACUAGUCAACCCUUUAGAAAUAAAGAGACCGCAAGCGCAUUUGGCGAUGCCAACAAGGCUUUCAUGUUGAGUCUUUUGAAAGAGUUGCCACAGGCAUCGAACGUUUUUUAUUCGCCUUUUAGCAUUUCCACUGCUUUGGCCAUGGUUCACUUAGGAGCGAGAACAGAUACCCUAAAAGAAAUGGAUCAAGUUCUUCAUUUUGACAAAAUGGGAAAAGAAACCCACUCAGCUUUUGGGGGUCAUCUGGAGUAUUUGUCUAAGAAAACCGGAGACAUUACCCUCAAAACAGCAAACAAGAUAUACCAAAGCUUGAGGUUUAAGCCUGAAGAAACAUUCAUGAUAGAAUGUGAAAAGCAUUUCAAGACAACAGCAGAAUCAAUGGACUUCUCUCAAUCAGCAGUAGCGAGUUCGAAAAUAAAUUCUUGGGUUAGUCAACAAACAGAAAACAAAAUCCAGAAUCUGGUUCCAGCAGACGCACUAGAUGCCUUAACAUUCAUGGUCCUCAUCAAUGCUAUCUACUUCAAAGGGAAUUGGAAAAGUAAAUUUCAAUCCGAGAACACUCAGAAAAUGGAAUUCCGAAACGAAAAGGAUAAAUACAUGACUGACAUGAUGUACCAGAAAGCUUCUUUUAGAUUCUGCUAUUUACCUGAUAUGCAAAUGAACGCCCUUGACAUUCCAUACCAAGGUGACAAACUAAGCAUGCUUGUCCUUCUACCAAUGGCUGUGGAUGGACUAAAUGAUCUUGAAAAGAAGUUAUCCGAACGUCUCCUCAAUGACGUCAUCGGCAGUCUCAUGGAGAAAAAGGUCGAGGUGUAUCUUCCAAAGUUCAAAAUGGAGAGUACGUUUAAAUUGAGGCCCUACUUAUCAGCUAUGGGGAUGUCGUCUGCUUUUGACGAGAAUAAGGCGGACUUUUCUGGAAUGGACAAAGGCAAAGAUGUGUAUAUCAGCGAGGUGUUCCACAAAGCGUUCGUGGAGGUGAACGAAGAAGGGUCAGAGGCCGCCGCUGCCACGGCAGUGAAGAUGGCAAAGCGCUCCAUACAAAUAACACCAGAGUUUAGAGCAAACCAUCCCUUCCUUUUCUUUAUUCGAGAUUCGGUUAAUGACGUCAUUCUUUUUUCCGGCAGAUUCUACCAACCAAUUGAUACACCGGAGUUCAGUAAUGGAGCCCGCGUGCCAGCAUUCACAGAAGAUGUCAUUGUUGUUCAUAUUCAGGAAGAAUCAAGAGAUGAAUUGGUAGCAACCCUCGAUUGCAAGACGCCCAGUAAUGUAGACUGUGAGCUUGCGAUUUCCGACAGCAAGUUUACAUUGACCAACAACGAAAUCAGAACGUCAUCCUCUGAUGGCAUUGACUACGAGGCGCUGGCGGACGUGAACUUUGUGUACGUACUACAGGUGAAUGGGACAGACCCCACAGAUGCAACGAGACAGUACACAGCCGUGGCCACCGUAUUUGUGUAUAUUAACCCCGUGAACGAAUUCUCACCAACGUUCGUUGGAGCGCCGUUUACAGCAUCGGUUCCGGAGGAUGCACGUGUUGGAUACAAUGUCAUUCAGCUCAGUGGGGAGGACAGGGACCUCGGGGUUCACGGCCAAAUCUUAUUCUCUAUCACAGCUGGCAAUGAGGACGGUAAGUUUGACAUCAACCCCAGCACGGGACGGAUCUUUACAAACGGUACACUGGACUUCGAGACCCGGACCUCCUACACACUGAAGGUUCAGUUGUCUGAUGGAGACAGGACUGUCACAGAGGAUGUGGUUAUAAAUGUGGAUCCCGUGAACGAUAACUACCCACAAUGCACUCCGACGGUCUAUCAUGUGACUAUGGGUGACGAGCUGGCUUUGACUGGGACCACGAUACAAACCCUGACCUGUUCGGACCUGGAUGGGGAUAGCCUGACCUACUCUAUAGACAGCGGGGAUGUUGACGGGGCAUUCAGAAUGGGACCAGGGGCCACAGUCCAGCUCAAGAAAGAUCUCGAUGCCAACCAAAAUCCCCUUGACUACCUUCUGACAAUCAGGGUCAGUGACGGGUCAAGGUCAACGGAUGCUUUAUUUCGAAUCUACGUAAUCAAAAACAACACAAAGGCUCCGGAGUUCUUAACCAAUCCUACAAUACAGGUACCGGAAAGUCAGGCGGUGGGUACUGAAAUCGUCCUCUACACGGCGCAAGAUCCAGAUCAAACGCCCUACGGCAUCGUUUCUUAUGAAAUCAAUUCAGUCUCUAAUGGCGGAGGGGACUAUUUCUUGGUGGAGGAGAGAACUGGAAGCAUAAAGCUUGCGAGACCGCUGGAUUACGAGUCAAUUAAGUCCUACCUAAUCACAGUCGUAUCAAUAGACGGCGGGGGCCUCAAGGGCACAGGGACUGUUACCAUUACAGUUGUCAACGAAAAUGACAACAUACCGGAAUGUACAACAUACUCCGAGGGGUAUAAUAUACCAGAAGAUACUGAUGUAAACUCCGUGAUAUCGGCAGAUAUACAGUGUAAGGAUGCCGACGGCGACGGUUUGACCUUUGACCUCAAUCCUUCCGGAUCGCCCUUUGAUUUACUUGAUGCGGCCAAUAAAGUUCGGGUUGUACUCAAAGAACCCCUGGAUUUCGAGACGCAACCCUUUUACCAACUUGAUAUAUCUGUGAUGGACGGAGGCGCGGUCCCUGUGAUGAUCACCAUGGCGAUAAAUGUCGUAAAUGUUAACGAGUUUCCACCUGUAUUUACUGACACAGGCCUAUAUUACAGCACCCUUAAUGAAACGUCGCAGCCUGGCGUAACUGUUGCUAUGGUGACGGCGACUGACGGCGAUCUAGACCAAUUGACGUACAGUUUCCGAACGCCGGAACCUGCGUUCAACUUGGGACCGUCCAGCGGACUGAUCAUUCUCAGCCAGACGUUGGAUGCAGAGAUGACUUCAUCAUACGUCCUACAAGUACUUGCGUCAGACGGCCAGAAUACUGCCACGGCGAGGGUAACGGUAACUGUGCGUGACGUCAACGAGCCACCUACAUUUGACAAGGAUAGCUACGCCUUUACUAAUGUCGAAAACACGCCUGUGGGAACGGUCGUUGAAAAAGUGGUAGCAAGAGACCCGGAUUUAGUCGGAAAUAAUGCCGUUUUUCGUUACGCUAUAAUUUCUGGUAACAUCAACUCCCACUUCUUCAUUGAUCCUGAUGACGGCACCAUAACUGUAGCGGUCCCCGUCAACUAUGAGGUCACGAGGUCAGUGCUUCUGGUAAUAGAGGUCACCGACUUUGGUCUUCCGCCUCUGUCCGAUAAAUGCACCGUAAAUAUCAGCAUUCAGGAUAUCAACGACAACGCGCCAGAAUUCCCUACCACUACCUUGACCAAGUUUCUCCCGGAGAACGCAACGAUAAGUGAAGUAGUUACACGAGUGUCAGCUAAAGACGUUGACUCAGACAGGGACAAUAACAAUGUGUUCACUUUUAGAACCUCGUCCGCCGUUCCGUUCGACGUCGACCCCGAUACAGGUGACGUCACUGUGAUCAAUACUCUGGACCGAGAAUUUCAGGAAAGCUAUGAGAUGGUCAUCGAAGCAGAAGAUGGAGGCUUCCCCCCUAAAACAGGUCAAGUGACCUUGACCGUUAUCCUGACGGACGUUAAUGACAACCCCCCGCUUAUCCUAGGAACUUACGACAGGUCUAUCCCGGAGAACGAGCCCGUUCAUUCCUUGAUUUUCUCUCUCUCCGCUAAAGACCCGGACACCGGGGACAAUGGACGCUUUUUAUAUUCCAUCAUAUCGGGAAACCCCGACUUCCAUUUCCGAAUUGAGCAAACUCGGGGAUACGUUCAGAUUUCGACAGAUUUAGAUCGCGAACGUCAACCCUUGUACGAGUUGGUCAUUCAAGCCACAGACUUGGGAACUCCUCGGAAGUCCUCGACCAUCACAGCCACUGUGACCCUGACUGACGUCAAUGAUAUGACCCCGAGGUUCAACCAAGACGUUUACAGCCUCACUGUUCCAGAAAAUUCUAUCAUUGGAACUUCAAUAGGAACUAUUAGUGCCACGGAUAGCGACUUGGGCAAUAAUGCUAUCGUUACCUACAGAAUAAAGUCGUUCCUGGAAGGUCAUGGUGGAAAGUUCACAGUCGAUACCUUGACCGGGGAACUGCGUAUUAUAGCUAACCUUGACCGCGAGGUUGAAGAGUUUUAUUCAGUCAAGGUUAUUGCGGAAGACAGGGGAUCCCUUUCAUCGGAAGCCAUAGUAAACAUAACCAUUCAGGAUAAGAAUGAUAACGCGCCGAUUUUUACUAGGAGAAUAUACUCGACAGAAGUCCUUGAAAACUUUGCCGUAGGUGGCGUUCUUUUGUCAGUCACAGCGCAUGACGCAGACAAAGGAUCGAAUGCCCGGAUAUCCUAUAGCAUUGAUAUGAAUUCGCUAGAUGGAGCUAUUGCUAACGAGCAUUUUUCGAUGAAUCCCACCUCAGGAGACAUCACAUCCCUUAAACAGCUUGAUAGGGAGUUAUAUGCCAAUAUUUCAAUGUCGGUGAUUGCGACUGAUGGGGGCACUCCCGCUCAGUUUUCUAACUCAACGGUCACUAUCUUCAUUGAAGAUAUAAACGACAAUAGACCCAUUUUUCUGCCUUCGUUUUACAACGCGGAAGUGUCUUAUGAGCCUGCGUGCGACCAUGUUAUUACCACGGUUACAGCAUAUGACAAGGAUCUAGAGAAAAAUGCGGAAGUUGUGUACGAAAUGGACCCGAUUUAUGGAGAAAACCAGUUCCUGUUGGAUCCGGAAUCAGGACAGAUAAGAACAAAUAUGAACGUAAACGAAUCACGAAACGUCAUUUUGGUGCGUGCGCAUGAUCUGGGAACCCCAAGUCUGAUGACGUCACUGAGCGCCAAAAUUCGAAUAGACUCGUUCAACGCUAGUGAAACAAUUCUUCUGUUCACCUUGGCCAUGAAACUGUCUACAUACCUGAGAAAAGAGGGAGAAUUCCUGGCAUUAAUAAAGGCAACUAUAGAGGAAUUCUAUGCAAGUGCUUACGUUAGGCGAUGGUGCAUUGAAGACAAGACCACAGCUGUAGUGGUAUACGUGUACGCAGUGAAGAACGAUUUGACAAACUGGGAGUCGAACCUUGUGCUAGAUAAGCCCUUCAUGACCAACGGAGAGUUCCUGGAAUCUCUGGAGUUGAACGAAAACAACAUCCCAACCAUCAACGGCACUGAUAAGGCAUGGAGAGACCUGCUGGUGACAGACGUACAGCCGUUGGGGAAAAACAUCGUGUAUCCCACGGGAUCGUCACGUGCUUCAGGUGGCGCAAAAACCUCCGGCCUUGUUAUCGCAUUGGCUGUCAUCUUCUCAAUUCUGGCUUUAGUCUUGCUUGUUGCUCUUAUUCUAUGCCUUCUUUGGAGAAGAAAGUUGAAAAAGAGGAAAGAAGAUGCCUCUAAAUCGAAACCUAAACUCAUCAAAGUCCAGUCCAAGGCCAACAGAAGUCUGGGUGAUCCAAACUCUUCAGAGAAGAAGCCUUUUGUACUAGACGGUGAAGACAUCACUGGCUCGGGAAGACACGUGACCAAUGUUGGAAAACCUUUGAUGGUGUUUCCCGGAAUGGGAUCUCCGGGAUCCAGAUCCGCGCGGUUAAAGGGAUCACCGACAGAAUCCGGAUUGGAGACGGAUGGGGACACAGAUUCAAUGACAAAGAUCGACAUCGAUGGCGGGAGAGAAAGAUUGGUGUCACCGUCAGGGGUGAAGGCGGGGAUGAAAGGGUCGCCGUCUAUUGCGUCAUUGAGAAGAGGCGUUGUAAAAGGUUUAAAUAACGCGGGAGAGGAUGGCCACGUCACUUCCGCCUCCGAUGGAAAAUCGUCUGCUAGAACGUAUGAGAACAGAGGCAUAGAUCCAGUCACGGGUUGGGUGUAUGAGGACAACGUCGAUAAAAAUGGCCGCCAGUGGCUUAGGACCCCGGAUGGAGAUCCCAUUUUCCAAAAUUCCUUUAUCUAAACAAAACAUUUCCUGGAAAUGUAUCAUAUAAUUAUUUUAUCUUAGAAUAAAUAGAUGUUUGUUUCUUCUGUUUUGGUUUAACGUUGAUUAGGCUUACAAUUUACUUGUAAAACAUAUUCAUUUAAUUCUAUUCCAUUUUAUGACGAAGUUUGCACUGAUUAGUUGAUGAUUUUUUUUUUCACAGAUAUUUUAAGUAAAACUGAUUUUUUUUCAUAUUUUUUAUCAUUAAAGUUUAUAUCUGAGAUCAGGUGGUUUUAUUUUAUUUCAUUUUGAGCAAUAGACAGUGGCGAAUCAAUGUCGAAUUCUUGGAGAAUAAAUUUUAAGAUAUUAAUGUAUAUUUUCUAUUUUUUUACUUUCACAUUAAAUAUUGAAAACUGAUUAUAGUUUAGACGCAGUUGUUCUAUGACCUUAAACGUUAGCAACACACUUGGCAACGGGUAUCACAACGAAAUGUUACAUGUACAUGCGCAUAAAUUAUGCGCGUACGGUUCGCCGUACAAUUCACGUCAUUUCUAUAUAAAAGCAGUGAAAUUUUCUUUUAGAAUUAGGAUAUUCAGUAUAAUAGAAUAAAUAGUGCUUGUUUGGGAAGGUUACAGUUGAAUCUAACACCUCUCGAAAAGCAUUGUCAACCUCCGUUUCGUGUCGGUUGACAAUGGUUUUCUCGAGAUGUCAAUUUUAACUGUUACCCUCCUAAACAGGCACUAUUUAUAAUUUAUUAUACUUUCAUGUUAAAUACUGAAAUCUGAUUGGUUUAAACGCAGUUGGUAAUCCGUUCUAUUACCCUCGGCGUUGGCAACACACUUGGCAACGGGUAACACGACGAAUUGUUACAUGCGCGUAAAUUAUGCGCGGACGGUUCGCCG